CGUCAACUCUCUAAUUCCCUUUCUCCUCACCCUUAUAAACCCUAACACUCUCUCAUUCCAUUUCUCUUAAUCAAACCAUCUCUUCUCUUUCCAUAUCAAUACACCCACACCACCACACCCCACCCACCAAGAAAUUUAUAAAAGAAAAAUAAAAAUUACCACCGUUCGAUCUCUCCCUCACCUUCAAAACCAUGAAGGUGAUCAACUUUAUCAUCACCAUCAUAGCCGUGACCAUGGCCGUAACCCUGAUUCUCACCACCAAAACCUCCCACUAUCCGCCACCGGACGAGGCCGGCUCUCAGCCCUCAAAACCCGCUUUUCUUGAUAGAACUCCGGUGGUCGAGAAAAGGGUCAGCCGGUUCUUGAAGGAAAAGGAGAGAAAUCCAAGAGCAGCCGAUCACUGCAGAAAAGACAACGAGAUUUGCUACUACACUCUUGAAGGCAAAAACGCGACUUGCUGCAACAACAAGUGCAUGGACUUGGGGUACGACAGCAAUAACUGUGGGGCAUGCAAGAAGAAAUGCGCUUUCACACAGUCGUGCUGCAGAGGGGAGUGUGUGAAUCUUGCCUACGAUAAGAGACACUGCGGUUCCUGCAACAAGAAGUGCAUGCCUGGCGGCUACUGUAUAUAUGGCACCUGUGAUUACGCCUAACUAAAGAAGUCUGCAAUGGGAAAUUGAUUGGAUCAUUCAACGACGUCGUAAUUUAAGGUUUGAUUUCCUUUUUUUUUUUUUUAAUUUUUCAUUGUGAUAAAUAAAAAAAGACCACAUUUGAAUUCGUGGUUUUUAUAUAGUUAAUUUUAAUAUACAUUAUUGUUUUCAAUUUCUAUAUACAUAUAUAUAUUAAUCCUGAAGGAUUAAUUAAGUAUAUUUGAAUACAUGUAAUGACAAUUAAGGAGAAGGAAAU